UUUUCUCCUUUGGGGGUGGCAGAGGCAUCACAGCAUUACCUGUAGGUGUUCCAUAGGUGCGGCAGGUGGGUGUGCUGACGGAUAUGAAGACACAGGGGUGUCAGCUCUGCAGAGCUGCAGGCACGGACGCACAUCCUCACAGACCUUCACCUCUGUUGCCGCUCUGCCCUUGAACACAGAGUGCAGGUCCCUGCUCUGAAGCCUUUACAUGCUCCGUGUCUUACUGUAGCGAUGACUCAGAGGGGCAGUGUUCCUCGGAAAAUGCCAAGGACGGAAGACUUUGUGGAAAGAAGACUUGGGCAGUUCAGCUCUGUGCUGCCUUUCAGCUUCCUGUCUGCUCUGAGGUGAACUCCUUGGGAGGCCUCCCCUACCACAGAUUCCCACCCUCAUGAUGUUCCAGCAAGGGUAUGGGGCUAAGUGAACUCAGACUGAACACUCUGAAGUCACGAGUCAAAAGAAAUCCUUCUUUCAAGAAAAACUGUCAGCACACUUGAUCUCCAGCGAGCUAAUCUGGAGAGAUCUGAAUAUGGCAUUUAUAUGUGGAUUGUCUGGGGCUGGGAGAACUCUGUCCAACUCCAAGUGGAGGAUCUGAUUUGAAUAUUUGACUUUAGAUAUUUUCUCCAGUGGUUCAACAGCAAUAUCGUCCUGGUGUUAUGUCUUUUUAGACAAAAAAAAAUUAUAUUUUAUGUCUAUAAAUGUUUUGCCUGCAUGUAUGUAUGCAUGCAUGUGUAUAUGUAUACCAUGUGCAUACUGGUGCCUUUGGAGGUCAGAAAAGGAUAUCAGCUUCACUGGAACUGGAGUUGCAGAUGGCCAUGGGCCAUAAGGUACUGGAAACGGAACCAGGUUCCUCCGCAUUGGCAACAGCUGUCAUCAGUUAUGACUACCUCACCUCCCUGAGGAGUGUCCCGUAUGGCUCAGAGGAGUAUUUGCAGCGUCGAUCCCAGGUGCAUCUCCGCUCUGCCAGGCGUCUCUGUGAGCUCUGCUGUGCCAACCGGGGCACCUUCAUCAAGGUGGGCCAGCACCUGGGGGCUCUGGACUACCUGCUGCCGGAGGAGUACACCAGCACGCUGAAGGUGUUGCACAGUCAGGCCCCACAGAGCAGCAUGCAAGAGGUCCGACAGGUCAUCCGAGAAGACCUGGGCAAGGAGAUCCAUGAUUUGUUCCUGAGCUUCGACGACACCCCUCUGGGGGCAGCCUCCCUGGCACAGGUCCAUAAGGCAGUGCUUCAUGAUGGCCGGACAGUGGCAGUGAAGGUCCAGCACCCGAAGGUUCAAGCUCAAAGCUCGAAGGACAUUCUUCUGAUGGAGGUGCUCGUCCUGGCUGUGAAGCAGCUCUUCCCAGAUUUUGAAUUCAUGUGGUUGGUGGACGAAGCCAAGAAGAACCUGCCUCUGGAGCUGGACUUCCUAAAUGAAGGGAGGAACGCCGAGAAAGUGGCCCACAUGCUCAAGCACUUUGACUUCCUAAAGGUCCCCCAGAUCCACUGGGAGCUGUCCACCAAGAGGGUGCUGCUGAUGGAAUUUGUGGAGGGAGGGCAGGUCAACGACAGGGACUACAUGGAGAAGAACCAGAUCGACGUGAACGAGAUCUCCUGCCACCUGAGCAAGAUGUACAGUGAGAUGAUCUUUGUCAACGGCUUCGUGCACUGCGACCCCCACCCAGGCAACGUGCUGGUGCGGAAGCGUCCCGACACGGGCAAGGCUGAGAUUGUCCUCUUAGACCACGGGCUUUACCAGGUGCUCACGGAGGAGUUCCGCCUGGACUACUGCCAUCUGUGGCAGUCUCUGAUCUGGACUGACAUGGAGAGGGUGAAACUGUACAGCCAGCGUCUGGGGGCUGCUGAGCUCUACCCACUGUUUGCCUGUAUGUUGACAGCCCGAUCCUGGGACUCGGUCAAAAGGGGCAUUGGCCAAGCCCCAGUCACUGCCACUGAGGACUCAGAGAUCCGCAAUAACGCGGCCAGCUACCUGCCUGAGAUCAACAAGCUCCUCAACCAUGUGCCGCGCCAGAUGCUGCUCAUCCUGAAGACCAACGAGCUCCUCCGGAGCAUCGAGACCACCCUGGGCACCCGCUCCAGUGCCAGCUCCUUUCUCAACAUGUCCCGGUGUUGUGUCAGGGCACUGGCUAAGCACAGGAAGAGGGAUGCCUGCUCGUUCUUCAGAAGGACCCAGAUCUCCUUCAGUGAGGCCUUUAGCCUGUGGCAGAUCAGUCUUCACGAACUUCUGCUUCGAGUGAAGGGCUUGAGGCUAGCUUGCUGGGUGUCAGCGCUCCUGGGCUGGCUGACUCAGGCUCCACGCUGAGUGGGACUGUUGUUCCCUGCCCUGUCCUAGUGUUUCCCCACACUUCAUUUCCUUUAUGCUCUGACUACCCACUGACCCAUGUCUGCCUACGGUUAGCCUGUGGUCCCAGGGUGCUCUUCCAUGGCACCAUCAAGCUCUGCUGUUGGAGCUCCCUGCUUCAGCCUUUUGUGGGGCCCUGAAAUGUACUAGAGGGUGAGUUCGUUUCCUCUGGGGAGGGGAUAAAACAACCUCCAUCCAGUCUCCUGUGUGUGCCAUUGGCUUGGUCAUCCCCGCUUUCAUGGGCAUUGUCACAACGGACCAACCAUAUGUGCCACAGAGGCACCUUUAGCUUGUAGGACAUAAGCAGGGUCUCAGAACUUGCUAGACAACAGACUUUGUGUCUUUGCCAUAUCACUCCCAAAGGUGUCCCAUCUCAGCGAAGAAGGGUGCAUCUGAAACUGUGCAGCUAUUGUCAUGGUGAAACCUUCAGUAUUGUAUGCAUUGUGUUUCAAUAAACCCUUUCAAGGUUGCAGGGACUGUA